CCAGGAAUCCUGAACUCUUUUGUUUAAAUCUUACUGCUUCAUCAAUGAGUCGACGUUAAGUUCAGAAUUCUGGUAAAUCAAACCAGAUCAUUCAACAUGUUGGUGCUCGAAUCGCUUGGGCGAGUCGGCUUGCCAGCCAUCUAUCUUUGGAUCGGUUUUAUUUUCGCUGUGGUAAGAAACCCAAUCUUAUCUUUUCGAAAUCGAGAUUAAUAGUGCAUUGUGUAGCUUUUCGCAUAUCCUACAUACUUUGCAAUCUACAACCUGUACUUUCACCCAUUAAGAAAGUUUCCAGGACCAUUACUAGCCAGAUCCUCCUAUAUUUGGUACGCUAAAAAUUGGUAAGCGACAACAGAACUUUAAAAAAUGCAAAUCGCGAUGAUUUCAUCUAAUUCUCAACUCCAGGGUUGGAGGAAAAUGGCCUCAUGCACUAUCAGAUCUUCAUGAGAAGUAUGGUGAGUGUCCAUUUCCAGAUUCAUCACCAGAAGAGGUUUGACUCAUGAAUUUCUAGGCCAAGUUAUUCGGAUCGCUCCUGAUGAACUUGCGUUCAGCUCAGCUCAAUCAUGGAGAGAUAUAUAUGGGCAUUCAGUAAAAGGAAAGAAGUAUUUCAGAAAAACCGACUGGUAUGCUGGUGUUGGUGAUCUACCAAGUUCCAUUUCGACAGAGCCAGAUCCACAGAAGCAUAGUGCUAUGCGUAGAGUAUUGGCAAAUGCUUUCAGUACCUCUGUUUUGAAAGGCCAAGCAGAUGUCAUUAAUAAGUAUUUGGACAUGUUUGUUAGUCAGAUCAAGAAGUAUAACAACCCAGAUGGUAUUCGGGUGGAAGAAUGGUUCAACUGGUUGACUUUCGAUAUUGUGAGCAUACUUGUCUGAUAAUGUAAACCGUUCUUCGUCUUAAUUCUAAUGGACAUGGUGCAAUAGAUCGGAGACUUAACCUUCCAUGAAUCUUUCGGUGCAGUAGAAAACGGCAAGUUCUCAGCGAAUAUUCCCUUUCAUGGAUCAUCCACACUAAUUACUUUUAGCCCGAACGCAUUUUUGGAUUCAUUUGAUAAUUAACGGCAACUUCAUUCGCAGUCUCUAUCCAAUUUUCCAGAAGAUUCCUAUCAGUAGACUGUUCAUGAAAUGGAUUAUCCCAAACAUGGACGACAUUCGCCAGCAACGACGAGAGCACAUCGCCCAUACCAAUUCUAAAGCCAUGAAACGAGUCAAGCGUACUGAUAUCGUCCAAAAAGAUUUCUUCAGUUUUUUGCUUGAGAAAGAGGGAGCCGAUACUUCGGAAAUGUUUUUGACCGCACAAGCACACACUCUCAUUAUUGCUGGAUCCGAGACCACAGCUGUUACCUUGACGGCCAUGAUUGCUUUCUUGCUCCGUUACCCCGAUAAAUUGAAGAUUCUAAUUGAUGAAGUGCGUGGGGCUUUUACCGACAGUUCUCAAAUUAAUCAUGAAAAUACUUUACCUCUCGAAUACCUCUUCGCCGUCAUUGAAGAAACGCUACGCAUUCUUCCUCCAGUGCCAUUUGGCCUUCCUCGCACGUGUCCAGGAGCAGUUAUCGAUGGCCAUGUCGUUCCUGAAGGAACCAUCGUUUCCGUCUCUCCAUAUACCGCAUGUCACGAUGUAAGAUAUUGGCAUGAUCCGGAAGGUUGGCAUCCCGAGCGAUGGCUGUCCCCUGAUCACCCUCUCCACAAUCCUGUAUUUGAUCAAGAUAACAAAGAGGCAAGUAGACCAUUUAGCACCGGUCCUCGAGUUUGUCUCGGUGUCAACUUAGCAUAUAUUGAGUUGAGAAUGACGGUUGCGAGGUUGUUGUUUGAAUUCGAUAUAGAGCCGGUUGGCAAACACAUUGAUUGGAACACUGAACUGGAUUUCUUCCAAUUUUGGAAAAAGGUCGAGACUAGAGUCAAGUUUACUAGUCUUCACUGAGACGCAUUGGAGGCGAAAAUUUGGCAAGCAGAAUGAUGGAUAUUGGAAAAACAAACUAUUGCUGUGGGAACGCAGCUUUUUUGUACGACUUGUAUGGUUUAUGAUUGGCUGUUCUGUUUUGUGAACAUUAUCAUGAGUAGGCGUUAAAUUACGAGGGCUUGAAGGCUGCAAUGAUGACCAGCUCAAUCCUGCGUUACGCUGGAUAAAAUAAAAGGAUACUUU